AUGGGGGUUCCUACGUUCUUCAGAUGGAUCUGCGUGCGCUAUCCCAAAGUGAUCCGCGACACCAUCGAGCGAGAGCCCGUGGAGAUGGAUGGGCGUAUGGUCCCGGUGGAUUUGGAUGACGAUGCUCCGAACGGCGACUUUGACAACCUCUACUUGGACAUGAACGGCAUCAUUCAUCCAUGCUGUCAUCCAGAAGAUGGCCCAGCGCCGGAAGAUGAGGAGCACAUGUAUGAGAACAUUUUCCUCUACUUGGACCGGCUGUUUCGCAUUGUGAGGCCAAAGAGGUUGGUCUACAUGGCCAUUGACGGAGUCGCGCCUCGUGCCAAGAUGAACCAGCAGAGAGCUCGACGCUUCCGAGCAGCACAGGAGCGGGAAGAGAUGGAGCGAGAACAGGAGAAGCUGCGGCAAGACUGGGAGGCAGAAGGCCGAACUUUGCCCAACCGGAGUGCAGGGAAGGUCUUCGACUCCAACGUUAUCACGCCAGGGACGAACUUUCUGCACAAGAUGUCAGAGGCAAUCCGAUACUACAUCCACGACCGUACGACCAACGAUCCACUCUGGCAAAAGCUAAAGUUCCGGGUCAUCCUUUCCGACGCAAACGUGCCGAGCGAGGGCGAGCACAAGGUGAUGCAGUUCAUCCGACUGCAGCGCGUGCAACCGGACUAUGACCCAAACACCAGGCACUGCCUCUACGGAGCCGACGCUGACCUCAUCAUGCUCGGCUUGGCCACGCACGAGGCGCACUUCUCCAUCAUCCGAGAAGUUGUCAUCCCAAAGUCGGAGAAGAAGUGCACCCUUUGCGGAGGCAGUGGUCACGUGGCUUCGGAAUGCACCGGCGAAGGUGACGAUGCGGAUGACAAUAUGAACAUUCAGAAGCCUUUCCAGAUCGUGUCUCUGCCUGUGCUCCGUCAGUAUCUUCAACUCCAAUUCGCGGAGAUUGAAGAAAGGAUGUCGCCUGCCGUGCCCUACGACUUCGAGAGGUGUGUGGAUGACUUUGUCUUCAUGUGCUUCUUUGUGGGGAAUGACUUCCUGCCCCAUUUGCCAUCUUUAAGCAUCCGCGACGGAAGCAUUGAUCAGAUGAUGGCACUUUACAUCGAGAUGCUCCCGUCCAUGGACGACUAUCUCACGGAGUGCGGGCGGACGAACCUCGCGCAGGUGGAGCAGUUCCUGGAGUACCUGGGCGGGAUCGAGGACCAGGUCUUCAAGAACCGCCUGGAGCGGGAGUCCAAGAUGCGCCAGGAGAAGGAGACAGAGCGGGCCUCCAAGGUGGAAGAGGGGCAGGCCAGCUGUGCGCAGAGCGGAGGGCAGAUGGGCGGUGACCUUGCCUCAACAGGCGACGAGUCCAGCUUCACAGCGCCCAAGGAGGAGGUGUCCGACACCUCGGCGUGGCACGCGCAGCUCCUGGCCCAAAGCUUCUCCAUGGACUUUGAGAACUUGGACAGUCAAGAGCCUCCCUCCAAGCGGCCCAAGCAGGAGGACUCCACCUUGGAACCGCCUCAGCCGAAGGAAACCAAGGCCAAGUCCGGGAAGGUGGUGGACCGUGAGUUUCACAUGGCGCUCCGGGAGCGCUUGACCAACCGCCAGGACCUGGGAGAGGCGGUGGCGGACACCGUGCGCCUGGGGGAAGGUCCUCAUUGGAAGCAGCGAUACUACUUUGAGAAGUUCAAGGUCAAGCAGGACGACCUCGUGGAUUUCUUGCAGCGUAUCCGGAAAGCCUACGUGGAGGGUUUGUGCUGGGUCCUGGUCUACUACUACCAGGGCUGCCCUUCCUGGACUUGGUUCUACCCCUACCACUACGCGCCAUUCGCCUCAGAUCUCAUUGGAUGUGGCAACCUGAAGUGUGGCGAGUUCAACUACUUCCAGCUGGGACAACCUUUCCAACCUUUCCAGCAGCUGAUGAGUGUCUUGCCGCCGGUGAGUGCAGAAGAGGCGGGGAUCCCUGCGGCCAUGCGGGAGCUCAUGAAGCAGAGCUUCUCGCCAUUGAUCGACUUCUACCCCGUGGACUUCGGCUUGGACCUGAACGGCAAACGCUUCACUUGGCAGGCGGUGGUUCUGUUGCCCUUCAUUGACGAGCCGCGGCUGCUGCGAAUCCUGGGGCCUCUCUUGGCGCGGCUGAAGCCUCAUGAGAAGAUUCGCAAUCGACGAGGGGACGUCCUGGUCUUUGGCCACAAGCAGGACAAGGCGCUCUUCCACGCGGUACAGCUGGCACAAGCUGCCUUUGAGGCAGGACACGCUGGAUUGAAGCAGACCGUGCGGGACAGGUACCUCUUCGGCUGUUUAGAGGGCUGGCAGGGGGGCGGCGCCAACCGCGAGGUGCCAUCUCCCAUCGAGGGCCUUCCGGAUGUGGAAGAGUCCCACUGCAUUUCGGCACAGUACACUGAGCCGGAGGUGGUGCCCCACUUCUCGAAGCUGCUGCCGGGUAUCUCCGAGCAGCCCUUGGUGGUGAAUGCUGCGGACAUGGACGAAGGAUCUCGCAUGAAGGGCUUCGGCGGCGAGCCGGCCCGGAAGCUGAUCAUGCAGGCGCUUGGCAAGGACGGCCGCAGGAAGAGAUACGAACAGGUGCUCUGGCGCCUGGGAAGGUCCAGGUGCCUGGCUGCGCACCUGAAAGUUUGGGAGUUGCGAGACUUGGAGCUGCUGGCUGGCCUGGCGAUCCACGCCAUCAGCCCUUCGGUCAUCGACCUGUGGUUCAGCAUUGGCUCCGUCAGCAGGUUCCUGAUGCUCUUCGCCAUUGCAACCAUGGUCCUGUUGCCGGCGCUAUGGCUCGCACUCUUCGCCAUCCGCAUGGUCAACGACAACGAGAAGAGUUCCUUGGUUCGCUGGGCGCGGUAUUUGGAGCCAAUCGUACGGCCUUGGGUCCUGUGCCACAUAUGGUCGGCGUCCCUUUGCUUGGUCUACUACAUGGUCACUGCCCGCAACAAGGCCGUGACGGAAGUGUGUGCCACAUUUCCAGAGACUCCAACGGGCAUCGUAGCGAUUCUUUGUCUCGGUGUCGGAAUGUACAGCCUGCUUUCCUAUGCCAAGUCCGUGACGCGGCCAAAGCACCUGCCAAAGCAUAGCAGUUUGCCGCAACUUCCCGGGGGCGCCGUGGUGUGGGGUCUCGGACCAAUGGCGACAAUGGCAUUUUGGGCCUUCACUUUAUACAGUCACGGCCCACAUCGCCCGCCCACCAUCACAACUGUGGAAGAUGUGAAUGGUGCGCUGUCCAAGCUCCUCCCGGCGAUGAAUCGCCAAGUUCACCAAAGCAUCAAAGACAGCGCUGGCGACUGCCAGGGGCUCUGGGAGUAUCGGAUGGCGCGAGGGGAGGUGAUGUUCUCCAGCCCGCUCUCUGAAGCUCACAGGACCUGCGAAGGAAGCGCGCCGUUGGCGCACAUGAAGACGGACAAAGGGGGCGUCGGCACCGACAUCACGGUGCUGUGGGCCACUGGCCUCGGGUCCCUGGAGAUCGCUGAUGUGGUGGUGAGCCCUCCACCCGAGAUGGCGGUGCCAAAUCAGCACUGGUCCCUCACCUUGGCAGCCAUGUUCACCGACCUACACGUCUACAUGAAGGUCAUAGUCAACGGCAAGGAAUGGCUCAGCGACUACAUGUGCUGCGACAAGGCACUUCACUUCACCAUAAAGGCGUCAGCUACGUGCCACCAAAAGGUUGGCUUUGAUGCCCUGCGCCUGGAGCUUCUGCACUUGGACAAGAUCGACUUCGUCCAAAAGACCCAGAUGAUCCUGGACUCAGGCGCGUCGGCCUCCUUCGAGAUGGACUUCGGGACCUCUGAGACGGUGGAGACAGCCAUCGCCAACUUCCUGACCCUCAAGACCGGGAAGCUCCUGAUGCGAAACUCGGACGGAUCAACCACGGACACGUUGGAGACUGCUGGCCAGGCGCUGUCGCAUGUGAUUCAACUCAACUCUGGAGAGAGGUGCUUGACACAUGCCUAG